UGCACGGGAUAAAAAAGGAAGGAGAAAGACCGCAUGUUGUGCAACGUAUUUGUCAAAAACAAUUUUCGAAUGUCACUUGUGAAGUAAUGUCAAGUUGAAUAUUAAUCGUACUUUUAUUCUUGUCAGACCACGGGCAAUGAACAAGGACAAGGAGAUACUCAGCGUACAAAACGAACACUUCUCACCUGUACUGGUUAGCCAAUAGAAAGGCAUUGCCUCGUGUUGCGCGCGCAUACCAGGACUAUGACUGCCCCACAAGAACAGGAACCUUGCUCCAGCUCCAGCCUUGAACCAGAAAAGAAAGUAGAACACAAACCUUCAAAAAAGGGCAUUUUAUACCUAUCCACCAUACCACCUUAUAUGAAUGUAACCAAAAUCAGGGAAGUCUUCAGCGAAUUUGGAAAAGUAGGCAGAGUAUAUCUCCAAUUAUUGGAUAAAGAAAAAUUCCAAGAUAAAAAGCAAAGAAAACGCAAAACCAGCAAAAAAUUCACAGAAGGUUGGGUGGAAUACGAAAAAAAAUGCGUGGCCAAACGUGUGGCCGCUCUUCUAAACAACACCCAAGUGAGCACCAGAAAAAAAUCCAAACAAUAUGAUUACACGUGGAACAUUAAGUAUUUAUCAAACUUUAAGUGGACACACUUGCACGAAAGGCUUGCCUAUGAAAAAGCAGCUAGAAGCAAAAAAUUGAAAGCAGAAAUCCAAAUGGCCAAGAAAAAGACUAACUUCUUCACAGCUAAUUUGGACAAAAACAAGAAAAACAUUGACAGUGUUAAUAAAGAAUUUGAAAAUAUGGAUGAAAUUGGUACAAGUACUCAUAAGGAUGUUGAAGAUGAAAGCAAAGAGACAAGAAAUGAAUUUUUACAAUCAUUGUUUUCAUGACUUAAAUAUAUUAUUGUUUUAAACUAAUUUUGUCUUGUUCUUGCACUGGUUUUGUAUUCCUGCCAAUAAUUUUUUCUCCAUUUAAAUCAAUGGCAAAAUUAUAAUCCACAGCUUCUGCAAGUGCCUUAUCUAUUGCAUCAUCAAUAUUUUCUUUAGUAAUGAAGUUAACUGAAGCUUCCUUUUCCUUUCUAACCAAUUCUUCAGUAAACUCAAACAAUUCCUGUUCCUUGAUUAUCUCCUGCUCAAUUCUGUUUUUGGCAAAAGCAAUGUCUCGUUCCAAUUCUUCAGCCAGUCGUUUUUCUCUUAAAAUUUUAUUUUCUUUGUUCCAUUUGUUAUUGAUCUCGUGGCAAACUGCAAGGUCUUGUUUGAAGCUUUUUAAAAUUUCUUCGGGAUCUAAACUUGCUUGGUUUUUAGUGUUAUGUUUUUCAACCAAGAAAUUUUUCACCGAUUUCUCGUGAUUUCUGUAGUCGUUGAAUAACCUACGGAUUUCUCGAGUUUCAUCUUCAGGAAUAACA